AUGGCGUUGGCUUCUCGACUGGCCAUCAUUCCUGGUGGCAUGGGUGGCAUCGGAUCCGUUACUGGCAAACUACUACGCGGACACGGAAGCAAGCUAGCACUGCUCUAUGCACCCUUCGAGGCCAGCAAGGUCGCUAGCAGUAUUAAGGAGACAUACGGCGAAGACUCAGACGACAUCCGACCCUAUGAAUGUGAUAUCACCUCGCCCUCAUCCGUCAAAAACGCAUUUGCUAGUAUAGAGAAAGAAAAUGCUGCGUUCCCGGCCUUCUUAAUCAACUCCGCAGGCUACGUGACAUUAUCGCCCUUGGAAGACACAUCGCCUGAGGAGAUCCAGAGACACUUCAAUAUCAACUUAUUCGGACCUACUCUAACCGGUCAAGCUUUCGCGCGCAUGUAUUUCGCCGCUCGCCAGAAGGUAGCAGACACAGGUACCAAGCCUUACGGAGGUCGAAUAGUCAAUAUAGCGUCACAAGCCGCACACAUCGCUCUUCACCUUCAUGGAGUCUAUUGCGCAAGCAAAGCUGGUGUCAUAGGCUUGACCAGAAGUCAGGCUAGCGAGUGGGGUCCUCGAGGCAUAACAGCGAACAGCAUAUCGCCGGGUCCGGUAUGGACUCAAAUGGGCAAAGACGCUUGGGCGGAUCGGGAGGCGAGGGAAGCGUAUCAGGCUUCCGUGCCUACGGGGGAAUUCGCGGAGCCAGAUGAGGUGGCGCGGAUUGUUGAGUUUCUGGUGCUGGAUAAAGCGCUGAAUAUCAAUGGCGCUGAUAUUAGAUUGGAUGGUGGGUAUACGGUAAGGUAG